AUGCAAGCCAGCUAUGGAUUUCUCAGCCAAGAGUUGUGCCGACCUGGGGAGUUCCAAGGUCAUAAGCCUGAGAAUGCCGUUCAAGAAUUUGACGUCGACGACGGCGAAUUGUAUGCACGUGAUUGCAUUAGCUACAUUGUUCAUCGGGGACAGAGAGUACCUGCCCAAGGCAAGACGUUCCCUGAAAAGAUCUUCGCACUAGAUCGUACCUUCAGGUAUCUGAAGCAGGACCUCGCGAUCCGCAUCGAACUUUUCGAGAACAAAUCAGACGACGUUCUGGAAGAUCAUUUUCACUACAGACAUGACAAGAAUCUUAAGAGCUAUUCGCAAGGAGAGAUUGAAUUUGUCAUUCCUGCACGCGACCUGAAGCAACUGGCGACAGAAAAGCACCGCGGAGAGAAACGGUUCUGGAACAAGCGCGAUAAGAAGUUUUUCUAUAAAAUUCGAUAUGAAGCACGCAUCAAGAUCUUGGGCAAGAACAUCCGGUACGAGCUUUGGGUAGGAGGCUCGUGCAAAGCCUAUGGAAUUUUGACAGGCCUGUCCAAAGCGGUGGAGACGAGUGAAGUAGAAGACCGACUCGCGUCGCUUGUGAUAUGA